CAGUGAGAACUUGGAAAGCAAGUGAAGCUGCCCUGACUAAGGAACUCAUACAUUUUCCCAUCAUCUCAGGGACCUCAGAGGAAACAGCUCCAUGGAGCAGUUACUAUGCAGAACUUCAGGCAGCCUCAGCCUCUCCAUGACGUCAGGAAGCUCAGGGCCCCGCCCACCGCCGGUGUCAAUCAUCUGUAGCCGGGCGCUUCCGGUGGCGGGCCCGCGCGGCGACGUCACUUCCUGGCGCCGACCCGCCUAAUUGGCGGCAGGUUCAAACCGUGGAGCUGUGGUCUGUGAGACUGAAGAAGCCGCUCGGCCCCGACGCGCCCUUCCUGACAGAGCUUCCCAGAACUCCGGCGCUGCGCCGAGCAUCUUGGACGCCGAGCGGGCGGGUGCUGAGCGGGGCGAUGGCGCUGUCGGCUACGGUCUCCCAGAAGAAGCACGUAAAGCGCAAAGCUCCGCGCGGCUUCCUCAGGCGCCUGUUCAAGCGGCAGAAGCCCCACCUUCGUCUGGAGACGCGCGGCGACGUGCUGGUUCAUUUGAACUGUUUACUGUUUAUUCAUCGGUUAGCAGAAGAGGCCAGGAUAAAUGCUUGUGAGAGUAAGUGUGGAAUCAUUAAGAAGGAUCAUGUUGUGGCUGCAGCAAAGGUAAUUCUAAAGAAGAGCAGAGCUUAGAAGUUAAAGAACACAUUCUUGAAAAUUAUAUGAUGGUUUAUUUUGAUCGGUGGAUUCCAGUACUUCAGACCCUGGAAAGAAAACAUUCGUUCAGAAAUUUAAAAAUAUAAGGAACUGUGUUAAAUAAUUAUAUGUCACCUAAUUAUAUAACCUUGAAGAAUGGACAAAUUUAUAGAAACAAGCUAUCAGGAGUGAGACAUGAAGAAAUAAAAUAUAUGGACACCUGUGUAAAUCAGGAUAUUGUG